AUGGACAACAUCCCAAUCGCCUUCAUCGACAAAGAAGAAACGAACUCGCUUUCCAACUUGAGGGCCGCCUGGAGUUUUGGAACACCUGGGCGUCUCGAAUUUGGAACAACGAUCCCGACCUUAACUGCGGGGAGGAGGGGUGUAACAACUCCUGCGAAGCACUCCUCGAUCACCAGUCCUGUGUCAACUGUUUUAAGACCGCCCGUGGCGUUACUGGAAACUGUGGGCUACUCGAGGAGGCCAUCGCUCACUUCCUGGAAAGUGAUUGCUCGUCUCCUCGGUAACGAGCCCAUGUCAUGCUCUGGAGCAGGUGUUGAUGGUCGCCUAUUCAUUGGUCUUUUACAAGCGCGGGAUUUCGUCGAUAAAAUCUCAUCUCAGUUGCCUGAGACCCCUCGCCUUGGGUCCAAGAAGAACGACCCCAAGGAGACCAUCAAACAGCUUCAAGACCAUUUGGAAGACCUUAGGAAGGAGAACGCACGCGUUACAGCCAGUGCAGUCCGAAUGCGACAAACCUGGGUGACGUUGUCUCGCCUCAUUCGGGACACGUUGACCGUACUUCAAGAUCCAGCGUUAUCACCUUCUGUUGCUCGCACCAGGGCCCUGGCCGCUCUCAUACGCUCGCACACCCAUGAUGUCCUUUUCCGUGCCGACCAGCUGCCCCCUGUUCCUCUCUUAGGCAUUGACGACCAGUAG